AUGGGAGCAGUUUAAGCUUACGUCAAUUAUAAUACAGAAUUGAGUUUUGCUUAUGAUUUAAAUGCUUAAAUUGAUUGCUGUGGAACAACUUAUCUUCCAGCAUUUGGUAAUAUCCAGCUAUGGAAAAUAAAGAAUGACACUUCUCUUGAACUCUUUUCUUUUGUAAUAAAUAUAAAUUAUUUAAGACAAGACAUGUAUACUAUUAAGAUUCUACUUUACUAAAAAUUCAUACAAAAAGAUCUCAAUUAUAACAUCCUAAUUUAUUACAAUAUUAUGCAUGCACUUAAGAUUCUCCUUUGCUCUAUGGAAAUGUAGAAACUUCAUAAUUCUUUUUUGAAUAUAUUAGCAAAACACUUUCUCAAAAUUUAUGUGCAAGAUCAGAACCAUUUAGAGAAAUAGAAGUUUGGAAAGUAUUAUAGUAUAUUCAUAUAAAAUAGUCACUAGAACAAUUAGUAAGUGUUUUAAAAUACUUACAAGAAAAUGAAUGUUCUCAUGGAAAAAUCACUUCAGAUAAUAUAUUUAUAACUUCUGAUCUAAAUUUAAAGACUCUUGAUUAAAUUACAAUUGAAUCAAAUCCAUAAUAAAUCAAAUAAGAUGUUUUUGAUUUAGCUUAAGUAAUUGUGGAACUUAUGACUAAAAAAAGUAAUUUUAAAUAUUAUUCUAGAAUAUCAUGUGAGUUUAAAACAAACUGUAAUUUUAUUGAUUGGUCAAUACUCUUAAUAGCUUCUAUAAUUAUUAGCUAUAAUGUUAAAUAAUACACCAGAGAAAAGACCAGAUUUUAUAUAGUUAUCCUAAAUACUAUAGAAUAGAUAAUAUAAAUCUACUAAUUUAGAAUAAGAAAUAGUACUUAAACCUUAAAUCAUUAAAUCAAAGGAAAUAAANACAAUAUUGGAUUAUCACUAAUAUAUAUCAAAAUUCCUUUCCCAUAUCUAGUUAAUCUACUUUUCAAAUAUUCUAAAGUGCUUUUCUAAAAUUAUGUUUUGCUAUUGUAGUAAAAUUCAAUAAUUUCAUUCUUUAUGUUUUCAUCAACAGUCGAUUAAAUUAUAUUCAUUUAUAUUAUUUAUAUAUAUAUAGAUAUAUGUAUGUCAAUUUAAUUAAUUACGCAAUGCUAGCAAUCAUAUCUAAAUAAAUAUCUUAAAUAAAUAAAUAUAAUGGGAGCAGUUUAAGCUUACGUCAAUUAUAAUACAGAAUUGAGUUUUGCUUAUGAUUUAAAUGCUUAAAUUGAUUGCUGUGGAACAACUUAUCUUCCAGCAUUUGGUAAUAUCCAGCUAUGGAAAAUAAAGAAUGACACUUCUCUUGAACUCUUUUCUUUUGUAAUAAAUAUAAAUUAUUUAAGACAAGACAUGUAUACUAUUAAGAUUCUACUUUACUAAAAAUUCAUACAAAAAGAUCUCAAUUAUAACAUCCUAAUUUAUUACAAUAUUAUGCAUGCACUUAAGAUUCUCCUUUGCUCUAUGGAAAUGUAGAAACUUCAUAAUUCUUUUUUGAAUAUAUUAGCAAAACACUUUCUCAAAAUUUAUGUGCAAGAUCAGAACCAUUUAGAGAAAUAGAAGUUUGGAAAGUAUUAUAGUAUAUUCAUAUAAAAUAGUCACUAGAACAAUUAGUAAGUGUUUUAAAAUACUUACAAGAAAAUGAAUGUUCUCAUGGAAAAAUCACUUCAGAUAAUAUAUUUAUAACUUCUGAUCUAAAUUUAAAGACUCUUGAUUAAAUUACAAUUGAAUCAAAUCCAUAAUAAAUCAAAUAAGAUGUUUUUGAUUUAGCUUAAGUAAUUGUGGAACUUAUGACUAAAAAAAGUAAUUUUAAAUAUUAUUCUAGAAUAUCAUGUGAGUUUAAAACAAACUGUAAUUUUAUUGAUUGGUCAAUACUCUUAAUAGCUUCUAUAAUUAUUAGCUAUAAUGUUAAAUAAUACACCAGAGAAAAGACCAGAUUUUAUAUAGUUAUCCUAAAUACUAUAGAAUAGAUAAUAUAAAUCUACUAAUUUAGAAUAAGAAAUAGUACUUAAACCUUAAAUCAUUAAAUCAAAGGAAAUAAAGUAUAACUAACCUUAGAAUUUAUUUACAAAUAAAUAAAUAGUUAAAGUAUUUAAUUAGAAUCUCUGCUAAAGACCUUAAUCACCUUAAAAAAUAAUUAGAUAUUCACCAUAAAGAAUUGCACCUUAUUAAACUUCUCCUUAAAAAGUUAGAGUAUUUUCACCAUAGAGAAAAGAUUCAUCCAAUUUCUCAAUUAAUCAAUCAUUUCAAUAAUUAAGUGGAUUCUAUAGAACUGCUAGCCCUAUUAAAGUAAAUAAAAAUGGCUCAUAAGUAUCAACAGUUAGCAGUUAUGGUACUUCAUUGGUUGAUUCUAAUAAAAAUUAAUAUAAUUUUUAUACUUAAAGGAACACUAAAUCUAAUAAAAUUUAAAUCCCUCAACAUAAAAGUGAAGUUAAAAGGAUGCUAUUUAAAGAUGAUUUAAAUUAAACAUCAUCUAGUUAGCCUCCAAUUGAAGUUAUAUUAUGA